AUGGCAGAUCUAGAAGCCGCCAUCAACGAUGCGAUUGCUGCUCAUGAUAUACCCGGCUGUGCGCUCACAGUCACCAACCGCGAUGGGUCAUUCACAUAUACCAAGGCCUUCGGAAGUGCCUCAAUGAAAGAGGGCAGCGAGCGACCAAUGCAGCUUAACACGAUCAUGUGGACAGCGUCUUGUACCAAGCUCAUGACCUCUCUUUGCUGUAUGCAACUCGUCGAUCAAGGUCUCGUAUCUCUAGACGAAGCAGUGCACAAACACAUCCCAGAACUGGAGUCCUAUAAGGUAUUGUCUGGAUUCGACGAUAAUGGCGCCCCCAUCGAGACCAAACAGGCCAAGCCGAUUACUCUCCGCCUCCUACUGACUCACUCCUCCGGUUUGACAUAUGAUGCCUUACACCCCAACGCCAUGGCUUGGCUACAAUAUCACAAGCAGCCUUUGCGCACGAGCGGAAAACUCCUCGAGCGCUUUGAGUUGCCACUUAUGUUUCAGCCGGGCGAGAGUUGGACAUACGGCAGCUCGACCGAUUUCGCCGGGCUCAUCGUUGAACGCGUCACUGGCCAGACGCUGGAAGCUUAUAUGCGAAAAAAUAUCUGGGAGCCACUCGGUAUCAAGGACAUGACGUUCCAUCCUUCCUCGCGUCCAGACAUGAAAGAGCGAAUGGCGGAUAUGGCGAUUCGUGAUCCUGCGACAGGGAAGGUACAAAACUAUGAUGGGCCGAUGCCGUGGCAUGAUGGCGAAGGAAAGGAACUCCAGGAUUGUUUCGGCGGAAAUGGUGUCUUCACAUCAGCAGAGGAGUAUGUGAAGGUUCUCAAGGCGAUGUUGACAAAUGAGGAGAAUGAAAAGCUGCUUAAGAAGGAGACGAUGGAUAUUUUCUUCACGCCGCAGCUGGGCGAGAGGAGCAAGAAUACGCUGAAUGCAAGCUUGCAGAAUGAUAUGAUGAAUACCAUGAUGGGUAACACAGACAAGUCCAUCACCAAGGAUUGGGGUCUAGGAGGUCUUUUGAUAGACUCUGAUUCUCCCACAGGCAGUAAAGCAGGGACCAUGAUCUGGGGUGGUGCACCAAACCUAAGAUGGUGGUGCGAUCGCAAAAGCGGACUUUGUGGCUUCUAUGCCGGGCUGGUCUGGCCUCCUGGCGACGCGAAGAUCGGGGUGCUAAACGAGAAGUUUGAGGAGACCAUGUACAAGAUGCUCGCGGAGCAUGGAAAAAAUGGGGAAGCGAGACUUUGA